GGCCCGGAACUCCGUGCGGGACCCGCCGCCCGCGCGAGAGAGGCUGUGGGUCGGGCGGGCGCGGAGGGCAUUUCGGUUUCCUGCUGGGCCUGUCUCAGGCCCGGCCUGAACUCCCCAUGCUCAGGUUCCCGCGGCCCCGCCGAGCCCCCCAGUCCCGCGGCACCCGCCACGCCUCCCGGUGCUCCCGGACGGCCGAGGCUCAUUCCUUUGGGGUGGUUGGUGGUCGGUUCACGCCCCGCCAGCUGCCCCUGGGCGCAAGCUCUGGCUUGGGUGUGAUCACACGCUGCUCUUAAACAGUUUUCAGGAAAGAAAAGAUCCUAUUUGCUGUGUGAAGGAUUGAGAAAAGAAGGGGGAGAUCAGGUGACAAACUGUUGCAGAAGCCCAGGAAAAUGGGAAACAAGGUCAUGAGAUGAGAGUGAGGUGCCAGAGCGUGAAGAGAGGGGACCUAGGCCAGCAGAUGGACCUGUCAGGUUACUGACCCACUGGAUUGAGCGAGACUGCCUGGUGGUGGAGCCCCAUCUCUGUUAGAGCAAAUGAGGUGGUGCAGAACUGGGGGGAUGGGUGGAGUUUGGGCAAACGUUCAAUGAAGCAGCGUUUUGAUGGGCUGAAGGCCAAACAGGGCUGCCUGGAAAGAGGUCAAGAUCCCAUCUGGACUGCAAAGUGGGCUCCAGGGCCUGGUGUCCUGUGGGCUCUGAGGCUCACCUGGAUGUGCAGUCUCGUCUCCAGAACCGCUCUGGCUGGAGGUGGAGGCGGCUUCUCCGUCAGCCCCACUAGCUCCUGCAGGCAGUACUUGUAGCAGAGUGCUGGGGCCAAUCAGAACACUGACACACCAGCUGUCUGAGUGGAGACCUGAGCUGGGAGGAGGCAGACGCUCCUGGAAGGCGAUCCCCGGCGCGCCAUGGACGCGAAGCUCCGCGCGGGCCGGCGGGGCCCGGUGCUGCCAGCCGUGGGGCUGCUGCUGUGCGUGGCGCUCCUGGACACACUGCUCUACCUCGGCCUCCGCCGCGUCGGCCCCACGCGUUGCCCCCACGGCCACUUCCACUGGGGACCCGCGGGCGGCUGCGCGCCCUGGCUGACCUGCAAGGAGCUGCGGGCGCAAGUGAGGCCGCUGAGGCGUGCCGGGCAAGGAGCCGUGAAAAGAGUGUUCCUGUCUGAGUGGAAGGGGCACAAGGUCGCGCUCUCACAGCUCACCAGUCUGGAGAUGAAAGAUGACUUCCUCCAUGGGCUGCAGAUGCUGAAAUCGCUGCAGAGCAAACACGUCGUCAUGCUGCUCGGCUACUGUGAGGAGGACGGUGCCAUUCUCACCGAGUACCAUGCCCUGGGCUCCCUGAGCAGCCUGGAGGAGACGCUGAACCUGCCCAGGUACCAGGCCAUGAACACGUGGCAGCACCGGCUGCAACUGGCCAUGGAUUACGUGGGCAUCAUCCACUACCUGCACCACAGCCCCCUGGGCCCCCUGGUCAUGUGUGACUCCAGCGACCUGCCCAAGACGCUGUCCCAGUACCUGCUGACGAGCAACUUCAGCAUCGUGCUCAACGACCUGGAUGCCCUGCCCCUGGUGGACCGCAGCUCCGGGACGCUGGUGAAGUGCGGCCACCGGGAGCUCCUCGGGGACUUUGUGGCUCCUGAGCAGCUGUGGCCCUACGCGGAGGACAGGCCUUUUCACGAUGAUCUCAUGCCAUCCUAUGAUGAGAAGACCGACAUCUGGAAGAUUCCAGACGUCUCCAGUUUCCUUUUGGGGCAUGUUGAAGGGAGCGAUAUGGUCCGAUUCCAUUUGUUUGAUAUUCAUAAAGCCUGUAAGAGCUGGACUCCUGCAGAAAGGCCCACCACUCAGGAUAUUCUGGACACGUAUCAGAAGGUUUUGAACCUGCUCAGAGACACCACGACAUCUCAGACAAGGGAAAUGCUGUAGAGCACGCACCAGGCAGCCAGGGUUGGGGUUAAAGGAACAAAUGCAAAGUCGGAGCAGCUCUGUUCUGGCAGAGAGCUUCCUGCUGACCCGCCGUGCGGCUCUCCUCCGUCCUCCUGCACAUGGAGGCUCUGCCUCUCCCGGCCCCCUGGCCGGAAGCUGCUGAGUGAGAGCAGACCAGGCUCCACCGCAUCUGGUUCACCUCCUCACACCUCCAGUGGCCCCUGCAAAGGUGCUGAGAAGCAGGGAGCCUGACCAGUACCUGAGGGAAGUAACAAGAGUGUAGCUGCAAACAGGCUUCACCUACCCUAAUAUCUGAGUUUGUGAACUCGUGAGAAAUGUGUGUGGAGAUUUUAAAUAGUGGCAUGUGAAGGAAACACACAGUAGGUCUCCACAGAAUGUUUUUACCAUGUUUUUAGAUGGUAAUCAACAUCUGGGGUCACAGGAGCAUUUGAGGUCGUGUUGCGAGGGCUCCCUGAGGCUGAUUUAGUGUUGAGUGGUGGUUCUGUGACACCCCUGUGCCGUCCUCCUCCAGCGAGAUAAAGGCGAGCAAUGACAGCGUGCUCUUUGAUUUCUCAGUGGAUAAGGAAUAUAUAAAGCAGCAAGUGUGAGAGAAAGUGUAUCUACAUUACUGCCUUGGACGGUGCUUGUGAAAUUCUUCUUUACCUUCUAGUUGGGUUUUUCUGUCCAAAAUUAAUUACUGUGAGCACUUUAUAUCAACAGUGUCCCUCCUUACUGAAAAGCGUCAAACCCUUCCACUUGAGCCGUGCGGUUUACUCCUUCAGAAAGCUCCUUGGUCCCUGUCAUCCUCGUCUGCAGGGUACGGAGGGGCUUGGUGCCCAGUCGUCACUAGGAAGGCGGUUAAGGCCAGCGUGGCUGGGCACACGCGAGAGGCGCCAGAAUCUCAGGGCUCCCAGGGGCCGGGCCCACCCAGAGACCGCAGCCCAGCUGGCCUGGGAGUCCCAGACUUUGCAUUUCUAACAGGUCCCAGGUGCUGUUGGUCUGGAGACCACGUUUUGAGACCCUCUGUCAGGGGGGGCCCGCACACAGUGAGGUGGGGCAGCAUUAUCAGUAUUAUUCAGACUCUUCCACCUGUGGGUGAUCAAAGAAUACCCUUGCCCAGUGUGUUUUAACUGUCAUAAAACCUCCACCAUGGCCCAAUGGGUUGGCUGUAAUUGAAAUAAGUGCUGGCAAGGAUGUAGAGAGUCCAACCCCUCGUACACUGCUGGUCUGGGAAAGUAAAAUGGUGCAGCUGCUGUGGAGGAGUCUGGCAGUUCUUCAAAAGUUUAAAAAAUAGAGUUACCAUGACCCAGCAAUUCCACUCCCAAGUAUUUGGACCCAGCCCCAAACCAGCUGGGCUGGGGUCUCUGGGUGGGCCCGGCCCCGGGAGCCCAGUGAUUCUGGAGGCUGCUCGCAUUCGGGAAGGCCAGACUGCAGCAGAGCGUGUGCGCCCAGCCACGGCAGCUCGGGAAUGCCCAGGGGGAUUGCAAACAUGUCCACAGAAACACUUGGGCUCAAAUGUUCGUAGCAACAUCAUGACAGAUGAAAGGUGGAAAUACCGCAAAGUCUGUCAGCUGGUGAGUGGAUAAAGAAAACGUCUCUCCAUACAAGGUGUUACUCAGCCAUGAAAAGGACUGAAGCACUGCCCUGUGCCCCCGGGGAUGAACCUUGAGAACAUGCUGGCUCAAAGAAGACGUCCCCAAAGACCGUAUGUUGUGUGAUUCUGUCCAUGUGAAAUGUCCGGGAGAAACGAGUCCACAGAAUAGAAAGUAGCUUAGUGGCUGCCAGGGGCUGCGGGGGGACGGAGGUAGUGUUUGCCAAUAGGCCGAGUUUCUUUUUGGUGAUGAAAAUGUUUGAAAUUACAUAAUGAUGGUUGCACAACUCAGCAGAUAUACUAAAUUACACUAAAUUGUAUAAACAGGGCAGAGUUAUGGUAUGUUAAUUAUGUCUCAGUAAAGCUGAUCCCCCCCACCACCACCACCACCACAUGGCCAUUUCAUGUGGUAUUGCUGUGAGGGCUGUCAGCUCAGAGGUUUGGUAUUACCCAGUUGAGGCUGUAAUUCUUGUUUGAGGGUUUUUCUUAGCUUUGGACUUUGCCUUGGAGCAAAACUCAGUUUAAACAGAACUUUUUAAAUAUUGACAAUCAGCUAAAAUAACCAGCAUGGUGUAGGGGAAGGGGCACUAUACUGGGGUCCCAAGACCUGAGUUAGGAUCCCAGCUCUGCCGUGGUCAUCGUGUGGCCACAGAGAACCGACUUAUAAAAUGAGAGUGUGGGUGGGAGUCAUUUCCCACUUGAACUGCCUCCGCAGGUCCUGUGAGGCUUUAUAAUGCCAGGGCCAGACACCCAGUGGGACCUGGCCUGCCAGGGUUCAGCCUUCAGCUCAUGCUCGGACAUAAUUUGGUACCAGGAGAACUGCAGAAUCAUUCAAGGGAGUUAUGUGCUGACUCAAACCUAAGUGCAGACCUCCUUGCCCACACAGCCAGCUGCCUCACAGCCAGCAGAUGUGAGAUCAAAAAGGGCGGCCCCGGGGACCCAUCGCAAAGCCCAGCCCAGAGUUUUGCAUUCUGUCCCUGCUUACCUUACUCCAAGCGUGCAGGAAAAGAACAAACAGCUCUGUAUGGUUUAUAAUGGGCUUUCUCAGUGUCUGAUUUGAUGCCACAAACUUUCCAUGCCCCUGGGGCAUCCAGUGAUUAUUAAUGAUUCAGCAGCAGACACGGACCACGAGGGCGUUCCCCAGAGGAGGCAGGUACUGGAGUGCAGGUGGGAAAGCUGCUCUGUUGUGUCUCCUGUAUUUUAAAAAUAAACAUUGCUCCAUUUCAGUAAUGUUGUGUGACUUUUGGUCAUUUAAGGGCAGUUUACAACAUGAAACCAUGCUUUUCCACCCCUUUGUAAUAGUUUGUGGGGACAAACAAUGAAGGAAAUAAAUUAGAUUAUUUGGAGAUAGUUUGGAAUCAAAUCUCUAAGGAAGUCAGCAGGGUACUGCUCCUAGGUGUAAUGUUUUUCUUAUACCACAGACACUGGUCCAAGUUUUGCUACUGAAAUUAACUUCCCUGGAAAUAAAAUGCGGGUCAUUCACUCAUGGUCUGUGAUGGAUUGCAUAGUAUCACACAUGAAUAAGGCUUAAUAGUCACUUUUACUUCUGAAAAGGACCUAGUGCCUGUGAAAACACAGCGUUGUUUCCAGAGUUCCUUGCUACCAGAUGCACAGCAGGACCAGUUUGUGACACUCGGCUCCAGGAUCAGUCACCACGGACAGACACCUGGCCCUCAGGGUUCCCGAGUUCAGGUGGACCAGAUCCGAGGCUCUCAGUCUGAUGGCCAGAAGUUCUUGCAGCUGCAGGGCGGCUACAGUCUGCAGGACUCCCCACAGGUCGCAGUGAGAGCUGGGAAAGGGCAGCCAGCUGACCAGGACAGGGACUCUGGAACUCAAGGGACUCAGCAGCUUGCACCCCCCCCCCUGCACUGUGGGUUUAUUUGUCCUUUAAGGGUAAAAAACUAUGUACGUAGUAGUAAACUAUAUGCUAGACUUUUUUUAGCCUGGCAAUUGUUUUUAAUCUUUUCAAUGGGUUCUUAGGAAUUGAAGAAAGAAAUAAGUUGUCAAAAAGCAAUUCAAACUUUGCCACAUGUUAGAAUUAUAAAUAAUUUUUUUUGAGGGUUUUUAACUCAUUCUUUUAUCAAAGUAGGCUGCGCAGGCUUUUAUAAGGCUCUCAACAGGUCACUCCAAUAAGCAUUUUAUAAUUUUUUUUUUUAGGAUUACUUGGCUUAUUUAAAGAUUAGUAAUUAAACAAUUAUGUCAGAUUCCAUCACUACUAGGUAAUAUAGUUAAAAUUCUUAACUAUUGUGACUAAACGUUACAUUAACCAUAAAGUACAGGCAUACAGUGUGUCUGUACAGACGACCACAUUAAACUGGUAUAUUCCUAUAAAACCAAGUAAAUUGAUAUUUUGUCUUGUAGAUUAUCAUUUAAAAUUCCUAGGGGGACAUAGCUGAACUCUAGUUGCCCUUUAGAAAGCAGACCAUUGGUUUUGCUGUGUUCAUCUGGUUAAACACGGCGGAUGGGACACACAUCUACCUGCACUCCAUCUGAAGCCACAUUAAAAUGGAGGUAAGGAGAUAAACAGAUGUAAGCCAGAAGGCCAAACAUGACGCAGAGCCUCAGAAUUCUGGAAAGGCCCUAAAAUUGGAGCUGCCGAGGUCCUGGGAAGGUGAGAGCAAGGUGGCUGAAAGCCCCAAGGAUUAGGUGAAGGUGGCUGUGCCAGGCAGUGAGCCUGAUCCCCUUCACAAGCCACUUAGAGUCAGGGUUCUUCCACUCUGUUCAGGAAAAGGGACAUUUCCUGGGAAGAGUGACCUAGAGGGCACGACACUCAGGGCCACCAGGUGCAGCAUAUCCUGGGGGGGUCAACAGCAAUAAUAAGAUGGAGGGGUUGCCUGCAACUCUGUGUAGGGGAUGACGGGGCCCUCGCCUGCACUUCCCACCCCACUCUCCACAAACGCCCCACAGCGCUAGCAGCUUACUCCUGUGCCUUCCUCCACCAGUCAGUGCCCUGGAGAGCUUCCCUCCAGAGAAACCGUACCCCAAACGAGGUUUACCACCCAGUGCAAUUUCGGGAUCUGAACCCCAAAAACUCAUGAGUCAACAAGACACCAACCCCCACCCCAGCCUGCCAGCACACCCAAUACCUUCCAUUUUCCUUAUUCUUGUUUAGUUUGUUACUAGGUAGUACAGUUGACCCUUGAACAACAUGGGUUUAAACAGCAUGGUGCCACUUAUAUGCAGAUUUUUUUCUGUAAAUAUAUUGGAAAUAUUUUUAUAGAGUUGCAACAUUUUGAAAAAACCUUUCCUCUAGCUUUGUUAUAAGAAUACCAUACAUAAUACGUAUAAUAAUAUGUGUUAACUGAGUGUUAUCAGUUAGGCUUGUGAUCAGUGCUAGGCUAUUAAGUUUUGGGGAGUCAAAUGUUUCAUGAGGAUUUUCAACUUCUUGGGGGGGUUGACACCCCCUAAGCCCUGUAUUGCAAACCAUGUAUCAGAUAAGGGGUUACUACUCAAAAAAUACAAGAAACUUAUACAAUUCAAUAGCAAAAAAAUGAGAUUUAAAAUGGGCAAAGGAUUUGAAUAGGCAUUUUUUUCAUAGAACACAUAUAAAUGGUCAACAGUUAAAUAAAAUUUUCUGCAUCGCUAAUCAUUAGGGAAAUGCAGUCAAGAUAGCCCCUCAUACCUGUUAGAAUGGCUUUGAUAAAAAACAUGCAGAUCAAAUGUGUUGGUGAUGUGAAGAGAAGACAAAACUUGUACACUAUUGGUGGUAAGGUAAAUUGUUGCAGCCACUAUAGAAAACAGUAUGGAGGUAUUUCAAAAAAUUAAAAAUAGAACAACCAUGUGUCCUGCAAUCCUACUUGAGGGUAUAUAUCCAAAGAAAACAAAAUCAGUAUGUCUAAGAGAUACUUGCACUCUAAUGUUUAUUGCAGCAUUAUUCUCAUUAGCCAAGAUACAGGAACCCUCUACCUGUCCAUCAACAGAUUAACGGAUGAAGAAAGUGUGAUACACAUAUAUAUGCAAGGUAAUAUUAUUCAGCCAUGAAAGAGAGGGAAAUCCUGCCAUUUGCAACAAAAUGGAUGAAACAAAAGACCUUGGGCUAAAUGAAAUAGGCAGAGGAAGACAAAUACUGUAUGAUUUGGGAUGUAAAAAAGAUCUGAACUCAUAGAGUAGAAUGGUGGCUACCAGGGGCUGGUGGGUGGUGAUGGGGGAUGUUGGCCAAAGGGUACAAGCCUUCGGUUAGAAGAUGAUUAAGCUCUGGGAAUAUAGUAUACAGCAGCAUGACUGUGGUUAAUAAUACUGUGUGGUGUACUUGAAAUUUUCUAAGAAAGUAUUAAAUGUCACUGAAAAAACCAAACAGGUAGCUAUGUGAGGUAAAUGUAUUAAUUAGCCCGAUUAAUGGAAUCACUUCACAAAGUAUUAUCUCUGUAAAAUCAUGUGCAUUUUAAAUAUGGACAAUUUUGUCAACUUAUCUCAAUAAAAUUGAAAAAAAUUAGAACAUUCUCAUCACCUCAAAAAGAGACCCCAUACCCUUGAGCUAUCAUCCCCUGUCCCCCCACUAACCCCAACCUACAGCCCUAAGCAACCAAUAAUCAAUUUUUUGUCUCUGGAGAUUUCUCUGUUCUGGAUUUUCAUAUGAUUGGAAUCAUGUAACAUUAAUAUGUGGACUUUUGUGACUGGCUUUUCUCACUCAGCAUAAUGUUGUCGAGGUCUAUCCAUGUUGUUGCUAACAUGUAUCAGUACUUGGUCCUUUUUAUGAUCAAGUAAUACUCCAUUGCAUGGAUAUACCACCUUUGUUUAUCCUUUAUUCCACUGAUGGACAUUUGGGUUGUUUUAUGAAUAAUGCUGGUAAAAGCACUUGUGUACAAGUUUUUAAAUUUGUUUUCAUUUCUCAUGUUACACACUAGGAGUGGAAUUACUGGAUGAAAUGGUGACUCUGAGUUUAAUCAUUAGAGAGGAAAUGCCAUUAAACAGACUUUUCCAAAGCAGCCACGCCAUUUUACAUUCCCAUAAGCAAUGUGUUAAAAGAGUUCAGAUUUCUCUAUAUUACCUGACUUUUUGAUUACAGUCUCCUAAUGGGUGUGAAGUGGUAUCUUGUGGUUUUUCUUUGGAGUGGGUUUAGUUUAAUAUGUUUUUAGAUGUGGCUUUUGAUACUUGCAAUUUGAGUGUCAUUAAUUAUUAUAAUCUCAAAAAUUGUCCAUUUCUUACAUAUAGAACAGGAAUGAUAAUAGCUUUCUUUCAGGGUGGUCCCCCGCUUUUUGUGGUCAAAUACAUGUAAGCUUUUCCAUUUUAACCAUUUUUAAGUGUCCAGUUUAGUGGCAUUAAGGACAUUAACAUUGUCCAACCAUCACCACCAUACACAUUCAGAAUGUUUUCAUCUUUCUCAACUGAAAAACUCUGUGCCCAAUAGACAUUAGGUCCCCGUCCCCCCAUGCUGCCAUCCCAUGAGUUCCUGGCAACCACCAUAAUGCUAUUAUGAACGUGGGUGUACAGAUACUUGUUUUGAGACCUUGCUUUAAUUUCUUUUGUGCAUAUACCCAGAUGGGGAAUUCCUGGAUCAUAUGGUGAUUCUGUUUAAUAUUUUGAGGAACUGCAAUACUGUUUUCCAUAGUGGCAGCACCACUUCACAUUCCUGCCAGCAGAACACAGAGGUUCCAAUUUCUCCACUUCCUCAACACCUGCUAUUUUCUAUUUUUUUAAUAAUAGCCAUCCUAAUGGGUGUGAAGUGGUAUCUUACUGUGGUUUUGAUUUGCAUUUCCCUAAUGAUUAGUGAUGUUAAACAUCUUUUCAUGUGCUUAUUGGCUAUCUGUGUGCCUUUUUUUGGGAAAUGUCUAUUCAAUUACUUAGCCCACUUUAUUGGUUUGUUUUUAUUGUUGUUAAGUUGUAGUUCUAUAUGCUGUUUUAUACAUAUAUUUUCAUAUAUAUAUGAAUAUAUAUAGGUAUGUAUACGUAUAUAUAUGUUGUUUUAUGUGUAUAUUAUAUAUACAUAUAAAAUGUAUGUACAUAUAGGCAUAUAUAUAUUAUAUCAAUCCCUUAUUGGAUAUAUGAUUAGCAAAUAUUUUCUCUUACUCUGUCGUUGCCUUUUCACUGUUGAUCAUGUCCUUUGAUGUACAUAAGUUUUUAGUUAUGAUGAAGUCCAAUCUAUUUAUCUCUUUUUCUGUUGUGUGUGCUCUUGGGAAUGAUAUCCAAGAAAUCAUUACUAAAUCCAACAUCAUUAAGCUAUUUCCCUAUGUUUUCUUCUAAGAGUUUUAUAGUUUUAGCUCUUACAUUUAGGUUUUAAAUCCAUUUUGAGUUAAUUUUUGUAUACAGUGUAAGAUGGGGUCCAAAUAUCUAAAAACAAAACAAAAUGAAACAAAACAAAACAAAAUGAACAAAAUAGCAGUAGAUUCAUAUAUAGUGAGAAGUGGUUACCAUGGGGGAGAGUUUGGGGUAGGUGGGUGGGGAGGGUGAGAGGGAUAAAGGGGCACAAAAAUCUCAAUCAUAAUAUUAGUUAGUCAUGGGGAUGGUAGUUCAGUAUGGAAAAUAUAGACAAUGAUUCUGUAACAUCUUUCUAUGUUGACCGAUAGUAACUGUACUAGUUGGGGUGAGGAUUUAAUAUUGUGAGUAACUGUUGAUCCAUGGUCUUGUAUAUUUGAAACCAAUACAAGAUUAUAUAUCAAGGAUUCUUCAGUAAAAAAAAGACAGGG